AGAAAAAUUUCAAGUCUAAAAAUAAAACACUUUGGAGAACAUUGCGUGAAAACACGUCUGAAACAGGAUAAAACGCAGAUUCUAUGCGCUCAGCUUCCUAUCGAUAUCGGCAGCCUUCUGUUCCAGGUACAAGCGCGUGUUUUUUUUUUUUGACAGCCUUGAAAACCAAUAAUAUGAGUUAAAAUGGUGACAAACUCCUGGGCGCCAGUAUUCUGACCAAUCAGACGAGUGUUCCGGAUCCGCUGCAACACAAACCCGGAUUCCGAUUGGUUAAACCCCUACUAAAUGGGCGGGACCUUUCUUCUUGUUCACCGUCUUCGCAGCCAUUUUGCGAAAACUCUUAACGGGCGCCAUGUCUGAAGGAGAUACUGACUGCAUCGAAAAAAUCAUAACAAUCUCUGUUCCAACACUCCGCCUGCAGUAUCGCACCAAGACAGCUGUCAGCCGACGGGACGUUUUUUAGCAAACCUGCGGUAUCAAAGCUGUGUUUACAGCGUAAACAUAUCAUCAUUGACAUGAGAGGAUAAUGUCUGUUAACCGUCUCAGUGUAGAGACGUGUAUCCGUGAGUGUUCUCUUCAGACUAGCUAAUACAAUCCGUCAUCAUCUCUCACAACAAACCAACGUCUCCAUGAGUGACUGAAUCAUCUCAGUCUUGUUGGGGAGAAUCCGUUUGUAACCAUCAUGGCUUUUGUGAGCCUCUUCUCCUGUCCCCUAAACCCCGUCCUUGACAAAAACAUGACAGACUCUGAGCUGGCAGGGGAUGAAAGGGAGGACGGUGAAUUGGAGGAUGGAGAAAUCGAUGAUGAGGGGAUAGGGAUUGAAGAAGAAAAGGAAACCAAGGCGGAUCCUGGAGUUUUAGACAAAGAGAAGGAAAAAGUGCGUGAGAAAGAUGACAAAUCGCACCGGCACACUCAUAAGAGACACAGGAAAAUCAAAGAGAAACACAAGUCAAAAAGAAGGCGGAGGGAGAGGCAGAAGCACCACUCGCCAUCUAGUGGCUCUAGUUCUGACAGUUACAAUACCGAUCACGAGCAUCAAGACAGACACAAGAUCAAAAAGAGCAAAAUCUCUUACCGGGAUUACGACGGUCGGUUUGCACAGCGUGAACACGAACCUAGUGGAGGUCAUGGAAAAGCCCAGAAAACAUCACAGUGCAAAAACAGUGAGAGUGAAGAGAAAUAUGAUUAUGAUGAAGAUCAGGACGACUUCUGUGAGGAGCUUUCCAAAUACAAACAAGCCAAAGAGAUCAGCAAAGCAGUACCAUCUAAAGAACAGGGGACAAAAUUUAGUUGCCCCCGGGGUCGAGGACGUGGUGGAGGAAAUUUAGGCAGGGGACGUGGUGUGCUAAACAAGAACAAGAAACUGAAGGGAAAAAGCUGGGGCCGUGGUCGGGGAAGAGGUGGAGAGCCAGGAGAAAGUGGAGGCGGAGCUAUAGGGGAAUGCCAAAGCCAGCAGUGUUUCCAGAAAAAACGCCCAAUCAUGAGUCAGGAGUUCAUCAACCAACACACGGUUGAGCACAACGGAAGAAACAUCUGUAAAUAUUUCAUUGAGGGCAGGUGCAUUAAAGGGGAUCAAUGCAAGUUUGAACAUGACAACGUAAUCCCAGAGAAGAAGAAAGAACUUUGCAAGUUCUAUGUCCAGGGAUACUGCACUAAAGGAGAGAACUGCAUCUAUAUGCACAAUGAAUAUCCCUGUAAGUUCUUCCACACUGGAGCAAAGUGCUACCAAGGAGACCACUGCAAGUUCUCUCAUGACCCUUUAACCGAGGUGACAAAAGAGUUAUUAGACAAGAUUUUGAACACCGAUGAGGAUCAUGCUAAUGACGAAGAGCUGGAGCUGUUGGACCUGAGGAAGCAGGGCAUUGUUCCUUUGCCUAAGCCACCUCCUGGUGUAGGACUCUUACCUACACCUGGUUCAGGGAGUCCCCAAGAUGGCAGCAAGAAGAUCCCCUCUCUAUUUGAAAUCAAAGUCCAGCCAACUGUUGACCUGGCACAGAAAAUUGCGCUAAGGCCCAAUUUCUACAAUAGCACCUCUCCCCCAUCUGGACAGUUUCAGGGUAGCGGAGGUUCUGCUCAGGAGGACAUGGAGACUGGAAGUAUGAUGUCCCCUGGCCACAGUCAUUCUAUAUUACCACCCCCAGGCUCUCCUGGAUCCAUGGGUGGUCCUGCUUUUCACUUCUCAGUGACAGGAGUUCCCCAGAGCCCUCCAACACAAGCACCACCACAGGGCUUUGGCCAAGGCAUUCCCAUGCCACCCCCGGGACUGCAAGGUCAGCCCCCAGUCUUCCAUCAGAAUACAAAUCCUCAGAUGAACCAGCAGGGGGCACACUUCAAGUCCUUGGCUGGCGGACAGAUGAACACACCCUUUCAAGCUAUGAGUCGGAUGCCUUCAGAGUUUUUCAAAAACUUGUUCAGUGUCCAGCCACUUGCUUUAGCAGAAGAAGGUCAGGACCCCCAGCAGCUCCAGGGAGGCAGUGGCGAGUCCCAUAGUGGCAUGCAGGACAUGUUGCCAGCUGUUCAGAAAGCUUUGCUUUUACACCUGAAUCAAAAUCAACAGGACUCUGACUCACACAGAACUGAUGGACAGGACUCCACACCAGUCAGCAGAGACAAAGACGAAACCACAAAUUGGUAUUCUAGUGAUGAUGAGGAUGGCAGCAGUGUAACAGCCAUCUUAAACACUCUAAAAAAGCAGAAUGAAAUGUUGCAGAUGCAACAGUCCCAACAGUCUAAGCUUCAACAGUCUGCCAUGCAGGUCCCCUUGAAUGACCCCAGGCUUCACAAGGAAAGGGCUCUGGCUGACCCUCGGCAGCACGUUCCAGACUGCAGGAGAGAACCGGAAAGUGUAAUUGACCCCAGAUUAGCCAGAGAUACCCACAAGGCUAAGCCUUUAGAACCUAUGAACUCAAAGGUAGUUCCACACCACCACCCACACACUAGCUCCUCUGUAGCCCAGAAGCCUUCUGCUGUGGAAGAGGAUGAGGAGGGAGAGCGAGAGCUGAGGGAACGAGCUGCCCUAAUUCCACUUGAUCCAAGUCCUGGAGCUAUGCUGCGUGACCCUCGCUGCCAAGUCAAACAGUUUAGUCACAUCCGUGUGGAUAUCCUCCUUCAGCGCCCAGCCUUCGCUCACAGUGUAGUGUGGGCACCUGAGGAUCUCAUUCCACUGCUAAUUCCCAAACAGGAGCCCUCUAUAAAUCUUCCUUUGCCUCCUCUCAUCGCAGAUGCCCAGAUGAACCGCAACCUCUCAACCUCUUCAGACCAUCCAUCCUCUGCGCUGACUACUCCAGAUCCACGCCUGGCACGCCUCAGAGAAGAUGUGGAUGUGCAAAGCAUCCCUCAUGGCAGGACUCUGCAGCCUCGACUUAACCCCGAGAAACCGACAGAUCCCCGGACUCAUAAAGUUGGGGAGGCCAGGAUAAGUCGGGCUGGGAGCCUAGACUCAAAGCUGCCUGUCAAGAGAGAAAGUUCCUCUGGUGCAGGGGUUUCUGAUCCAAGAUUACAGCGAGCUGCGUCUCGUCAUUCUGCCACUACAGCUAGGUCUGAUUCAGAGAAACUGCCCCCAUAUGCCCCUCACUUGGCAUCUUCCACAGGUAGCGGAUUGGAAAGCCCUACCACACUGCUUGGGGGCAUUAGCUUGUAUGAUCCACGUAACCACACCUUGCUUUUGCCAAAACAGGAGCCAGAGGAACCCCUGAAAAAUGCAGGCAUCCUAAAACAAACAGGUAUAUCUGAGACCCUUCCACUGCCACAGGUGCCUUCACCAGUGGUGAACGAAAAGAAGAGUGAAGACUCAUCUGAAGUCUCAGAAAACCAGACCAACGGUUCUCAGCCGGGCCAGAUCAUGCCUAUAGCGAUGACAGCUCCUUUUUGCUCCCCUGUGCGUGCAGCAGCACCCGCCAUGCACAACCUACCAAUCCAGCAACUAGCGGCGCUCAUACGACCAGCUUACAUAGACAGCCGCCCGAGCAGGCCUACUGGACAGACUACUGGAGCCCAGGAGGAAGAGCCAGAUGAUGACAAAGAAGUGGAAAAAAAGGACAGGCCAUUAAGGGAUGUAUUUAAAACCUUUGACCCCACAGCCUCACCAUUCUGUCAGUAAACACUCCCGUAUUGAGACCAGUCAGUCUCUGUUAGGAAUUCACACACCACUGUAUGCAUGUCAUAUUUAUUUAUCUUUGUUUUGUACAUACACUUCACAAAGUCACACGAACAGCUAACAUUACAUAAUGUCAUCAGAGUAUACUAGCAUCAAGCAUCAGCAUACUGACAAGUGCUCCUCAAAUAGUCUGUAAGCUUUACUCUGAAUAAAUGCGUUUGAAGAUCUAAACUUAUUAAUACAGACACUGUUCAAGGAGAAAUGUGGUUAAAAUAUUGUUUAGUGGUACUUAAAGAAUACCAGUUAAAUAUCUUAGAUCUAUGUAUUAAAUAAAAGUGUACAAUUGUGCUUGUAAUUAUUUAAAAGUAUACGUGAUCACGUGGCUAAUGUACUGCGACUAGAUUACUUUUCAAACAUUUGUGAUAGUUUGUGCUGAAGAUACACCUCGAGCAAGGAAAAUGAAAGACCAAAUUUCAUCUAGAGAAUACUUUUUUUUUCUGUACAGUGGAGUUUAUGAAAUCUUGUAGCACUUUAUUUUAUGGACAACUUUCAAUUAACGGUUUUAUUGUUUUAGGUGUUUUUCCAUAUAUUUGUACUGAAUUGUUUUGGUUACCUGUGUGAAAAAGGACACUGAAAGAUUGUCCAUCACAUUACUUUUAUAUUGUCUUAAAUAAAUUGCAAAUGCUGUGACUUUUCACAUAAUUGUACACUACAAUCUUUACUUUUUUUAUCUAGGAAAGGUGUUUGUUUGUUACAGAAGCUUUAUUUAUAUCUUUCAAGUACGCUGAUGGGUGGUGCAAGGCUUGGUGUUGCAUGCUGUUGAGAUGUCUUGCGGAGACCCAGGUCAUCAGUCUCCGGGUUCAGCUGUUCUUGUGUCCGAUGGAUGAGGAGGUUCUUUUUCCACUGUAUGCACAGGGAAGCUGCCUUUGCCGCAUCAGAAUUGGGCUCAGGUUGUCUCAGUCCCUUUGACAUUGAAAAGAAAGUCAUUGCAUUUAAUUGUCUAAACCAAAUUCAUACUACAGAAAAUGCAAAAUAAUGUCAUGUUUUCAGUGUAUUCAGUUUUAUACACCCAGGUUCCACUUUCCAAACUGUAUAAUCCCAAUUAUCCAAUCAGCCGAUAAUGUGGAAGCAAAAGCUUCAGUUAAUUUUCACUUCAGAAUGGGAAAACAAUGGGAUCUCAGUAACUUUGUUGCAUGGUUAGUGGUGUGAGAGAGGCUGGUUUGAGUAUUACAGAAACUGCUCAUUUCUUGGGAUUUUUAGGAACAAAAGAUCGUAGAGGUUACGCAAAAUGGUGCUAAAAACACCCUAAACUCAAGAGCUUUCUUGUUGAUGAUACCCACAAGGCUAAGCCUAAGAAUCGAAGGAGACUGGCGAGAUUGGUUUAAGCUAAAAGGAACGCUAUGAUGUAUCAAAUAGCCACUGGUUAUAAGCAAAAAAAUAUUUUUUUAAAAAAGCACAUGUUGAACCUUGAGGUGGCUGGGACAAUUAACUUGAGGCUAGAUUCAACACACGUUCACCAAAACAAGAAACCUGGUCAUUUUCCAGCUGCCUAAUUUGCAGUCUUCAAUUUCUUUUAUCUGACAAGAAUGGAACCCAAUAUGGUGCUCACUGGAUGUUGAUUGAUUUUUCAGACCAUUCUGUGUAACCUUUGGGGACUGUUGCCCAUGAACAUCCCAGCCGAUCACUUUUUUGAAAUACCCAAGCCAGCUCAUCUAGAAACAACAGGCCGUCACAGUUAAAGUCUGUAGCAGGGAAAUCCCCAUUCUGACAGUUGAAAUUAAAACCUGUAAACGAACGUUUAAAAAAAGCAAAUACAAUAAAAGUGAGUUUGUGCAAUCAAA